CCGCCGCUCUGCGCGCUGCCUCCCGCUGCUCGCGCAGUUGUAACACAUGGUUUUAAUGCUCUGAACAACUGAGAUGAGACUGAAGACUUCCCUUUUAAAGGAGCCAAAACAUAAGGACUUGGUGAGCUGUGUGGGAUGGACAACAGCUGAUGAGCUCUACUCCUGCAGCGAUGACCACCAGAUCAUGAAGUGGAACCCCGUGACCAGCGAGACCACUCGAGUGGUGAAGCUUCCAGAUGAUGUUUAUCCCAUAGAUCUGCACUGGUUUCCCAGAGGGAUUGGUGGGAAGAAGCAAUCCCAGCCUGAGAGCUUUGUUCUGACCAGUUCUGAUGGGAAAUUCCACUUGAUUUCCAAGUUAGGAAGAGUGGAGAAAAGUGUAGAAGCACAUUGUGGAGCUGUCCUUGCAGGAAGGUGGAAUUAUGAGGGAACAGCCCUGGUUACAGUUGGGGAAGAUGGGCAAGUGAAAAUCUGGUCUAAAAGUGGAAUGCUGAGAUCCACUUUGGCUCAGCAAGGAACACCAGUGUACUCAGUAUCCUGGGCACCUGACUCUGACAAAGUUCUCUACACCUCAGGGAAGCAGUUGAUCAUUAAACCCCUCCAGCCAAAUGCUAAAGUUUUGCAGUGGAAAGCCCACGAUGGCCUGAUUCUAAAAACUGACUGGAAUUCAGUGAAUGAUCUGAUUCUUUCUGCAGGGGAAGAUUGUAGAUAUAAGGUUUGGGACAGUUUUGGCCGUGCCCUGUACAAUUCCCAGCCCCACGAGUAUCCCAUCACUUCCAUUGCCUGGGCUCUGGAUGGAGAAUUAUUUGCUGUGGGAUCUUUUAACACUUUACGCCUCUGUGAUAAAACUGGGUGGUCUUAUUCCCUGGAGAAGCCCAACACUGGCAGCAUUUUUGCCAUUUCCUGGUCCAUCGAUGGCACCCAGCUGGCCGGAGCGUGUGGGAACGGCCAGGUCAUCUUUGCCCACGUGGUGGAACAACACUGGGAGUGGAAAAACUUCCAAAUUACCUUAAUGAAGAGAAGAACCAUGAAGGUGCACAAUGUCAUCAAUGAUGCCGUGGAUUUGUUGGAAUUCCGGGACAGGGUCAUUAAAGCCUCCCUGAAUUAUGGAUAUUUGGUGGUUUCCACUUCCCUGCAGUGUUACGUGUUCUCGACAAAGAACUGGAACACUCCAUUGAUUUUUGACCUGAAGGAAGGAACUGUGAGUUUGAUUCUCCAAGCAGAAAGGCAUUUUCUUCUUUUGGAUGGUGGAGGACUUUAUUUAUAUUCCUAUGAAGGCAGAUUAAUUUCCUCUCCAAAAUAUCCAGGCAUGAGAACAGACAUUUUAAAUGCCAAGACAGUGUCCCUGAGCAAUGACACCCUGGCAGUGAAGGACAAAGCUGAUGAGAAGGUUAUCUACAUAUUUGAAGCUUUAUCUGGGAAGCCACUGGGUGAUGGAAAACAUCUGACCCACAAGACAGAGAUUGUGGAGAUUGCUUUGGACCAGAAAGGACUGACAAGUGAGAGAAAAAUAGCUUUUAUUGAUAAGAACAGAGAUCUUUUCAUCACCUCUGUGAAAAGGUUUGGGAAAGAGCAGAAGAUUGUCAAGAUAGGGACAAUGGUGCAGAGUUUGGCCUGGAAUGACACCUCCAACAUCCUCUGUGGGAUUCAGGAUUCCAGGUUCACAGUCUGGUAUUAUCCCAACACUGUUUAUGUGGAUAAAGAUCUUCUCCCAAAAACCCUGUAUGAAAAAGAUGCCAGUGAAUUCAGCAAAAACCCGCAGAUUGUGAGUUUUAUAGGAAAUCAGGUGACAAUUAGGAGAGCAGACGGGUCCCUGGUGCACCUGCACAUCUCCCCUUACCCUGCCAUUCUCCACGACUACAUCAGCACCUCCAGGUGGGAGGAUGGGGUCAGGCUCUGCCGAUUUGUCAAGGACCAGACCCUGUGGGCUUGUUUGGCUGCCAUGGCAGUGGCCAGCAAGGACAUGACCACAGCUGAAAUUGCCUAUGCAGCCAUUGGUGAGAUUGACAAAGUCCAGUACAUCAAUUCCAUCAAGGAUCUGCCAUCCAAGGAAUCCAGGCUGGCUCACAUGCUGCUGUUCAGUGGGAACACCCAGGAGGCUGAAACCCUCCUGCUUCAGUCAGGCCUGGUUUACCAAGCUAUCCAAGUCAACAUUAAUCUUUACAACUGGGAAAGAGCCCUGGAUCUGGCAGUGAAGCACAGGACACACGUGGACACGGUCCUGGCUUACAGACAGAAAUUCUUGGAAGAUUUUGGGAAAAAAGAAACCAACCAAAGGUUUUUGCAAUAUGCAGAAGGUAUCCUGAGGGCACACCCUGAAGUUCAGAAGCUGGAAGUGGAUUGGAAUAAAAUCAAAGCCAAAAUAGAGAUGGAAAUUGCUAAAGAAAGAGAACGAGCAGCAGCCAGUGCUGCAGUGAGGAGCAGCGUGACUGUGCAGCAAUAAUUCACAUUUUGGGCACCUUCAAAGUGCUGCUUUGAUAUUUGGUACUGGCUUCUUGUGAAAAAUAAUAAAAAAAAAAGCCACAGCAAAUAUUUUGUGGGCCACAGGAGUGAGAAUUUCUGUGGAUUUGAAUCCUUGGGUGACACAGAAGAUGAAUUAUUUCAUUUUGAGCUGGGUUUAUAUUCUGGUGCCAGUAAUGGCUACAUACAUGAGGAAAAAAAAGGCAAUUAACUGUUCCUCUCUUGGUGAUUUUAAAUUUUUAUUGCCAUUAAUAUUCUUUAACCUGGGUUGUCUCUACUGAAAUCACAAUUUAAGCCCCAAAUUAAGAAGUUUGGUUAUUCCCAACCUCUCCAGUUUUUUUUCAAUUGCCCUAAAACAAAUUUAGCAAACUGGAAGGGCUGAAAAUGCAAUUAAAAAAAGGAACUUGAGCCUCUGAAGUACAAAUAUUUCCCUCACAGUCGUGGGAAUUCAUAUUUGUUAGGAUGUACCAAUGAGUUCUUUAAUAGAUGAUUUCAGAUAAUUUCACCAACUCAGGUUUAUCACUGAGAAAAA